AUGCACACCAAGGAGGAGGUGGAGAUCCUCAUCGUCGCUGAGGAGAGUAACACCAGGUCCUUCCAGGUGGACGGGAUCUCCCUACACCCGGAAUUCGACUUCUUCAACGCCAGCUUCAACGUCGCCGUCCUCCACCACGCGGAGGACCUCGAGGGACUCGGCGAAGGCGUCUCGGACUUGUGUCUCCCGGAGGACGCCAGUUCGACGUUCGAGGGGCAGGUGGGCAGUGUGGCGGGACACGCCCUCGACGGCAAUGGCAAUCGCAUCCCUGAGGCGCCUAUAGAAACCCAGAUGUCGAUCCUGGCGACGAGCUGCGAGGGCAAGCUCAUCGACUGCUUGGAAAUCACGUCCCACAUGUUCUGCGCGGUCAUGGACGGCGGCGACGCGUGUCUCGACAACGCAGGAGGACCUCUGACGGUGAAGGACGGUGCGCGACACGUCCUGGUGGGGAUCUCGUCCUUCGGGAGGGACUGCAAGGACCCAAGGACGCCCUAG